CGCGGAUGCUACCAUUGGUCUCUAACUCUGACACGUCUUUCCUACUGUUUUAUGGCAAUUAUUUAGGAGAUUCGUUGAACUAACAAGAUAGCUAGACAACAACACACUAGGAUAAAGACUUGGAGACAGAAUGGCAUCAGAAUCUCCGCGCAGACCAAGCCGCUGUGCUGGAGGGGUUGUGGUGCGAGCACAAGCUGCCACUGAGCAGUCAUAUAUGGAGAGUGUUGUGACCUUCCUCCAAGAUGUGGUCCCUCAGGCAUACACUGGCGCACCCCCAACUGAUGAAAAAGAGAAAAUAGUUUGGGUCAGAUUUGAGAAAGCUGACAUCAAUGAUACGUCCCGCUCCCCAGAGUUCCUGGAGAUGCACAGUGGCAGCAGUGACCCUCCCCUCUGCCUCAUGAUUGGUUAUGCAGACGGGAUGCAGAUCUGGAGCAUAUCCCUGGGUGGGGAGGCCCAGGAGCUUUUCUCUGUGCGCCACGGACCUGUGAGAGCUGCCCACAUCCUGCCAGCGCCCCAUAUCAGUCUGCUGAUGAUUGAUAGUUUUGCGGACAAAAGGCCUCUCCUGGGGGUGUGCAAGAGUACCGGGUCCUCAGGGACCAGCCCCCCAUACUGCUGUGUGGACCUGUACUCUCUGAGGACAGGGGAGAUGGUCAAGUCCAUCCAGUUCAAGACGCCCAUCUACGACCUGCACUGCAAUAGGGAGAUUCUAGUUGUCGCCCUGCAGGAGAAGAUUGCUGCAUUCGACAGCUGUACCUUCACCAAAAAGUUCUUUGUUACAAGCUGCUUUCCAUGUCCGGGCCCCAACCUAAACCCCAUAGCACUGGGAGGACGCUGGCUAGCCUACGCUGAGAAUAAGUUGAUCCGGUGUCACCAGUCUCGAGGCGGUGCCUGCGGGGACAAUGCCCAGUCUUACACAGCUACAGUCAUCAGCGCUGCUAAAACCCUAAAGACUGGUCUCACCAUGGUGGGGAAGGUGGUGACCCAGCUAGCUGGUACUCUACCCACUGGCGCCCCCGACGAGGAGGGUGCUACCCCCCACAGCACCACCCGCCGAAGCCCCCAUGCCCCCGGAGUAAUCACCAUCAUUGACACACACAAUGUGGGAGAGGGACAGGUCCUGGUGAGUGAGGACUCAGAUGGAGAGGGAGUGGUGGCCCACUUCCCAGCCCAUGACAAACCCAUAUCCUGCAUGGAAUUCAACCCCAGCGGUAUGCUGCUGGUGACUGCAGACACCCUGGGCCAUGACUUCCAUGUGUUCCAGGUCCUCACACACCCCUGGGCCUCCAACCAGUCUGCUGUCCACCACCUCUACACACUGCACCGUGGAGAGACUGAGGCCAAGGUCCAGGACAUCUGUUUCAGCCAGGACAGUCGCUGGGUGGUGAUCAGCACACUGCGUGGCACCUCCCACGUCUUUCCCAUCAACCCCUACGGUGGUGCGCCUUGCGCCCGCACUCACAUGUCCCCCCGCGUGGUCAACCGCAUGUCCCGCUUCCAGAAGAGUGCAGGGCUGGAGGAGAUAGAGAAUGAACUGAACAGCAAGCAGGCUGGAGGAGGGAGAUGCAGCCCCAUCCCUGGGCUCUCCAGCAGCCCAUCGGGGUCCCCACUACACGGAGCAAAAUGCAGAAAGAAAAGAGAAAAUAGAGCUAAACUCACCAGCCAGGAGUCGUACAACAACUUCACCAACAACAACAUGGGUAACCCUCGUCUGUCCCCUCUGCCCAGCCUCACCAUAGUGCUGCCCCUGGCACAGAUCAAACAGCCCAUCACCCUGGGCACCAUGACCAAGCGCUCCGGACCUUACCUCUUUGGGGCAGGAUGUUUUGCCAUUAAAACUCCAUGCAAAGCCAAGCCUCCCCCUCAGAUCUCCCCCAGUAAGUCCAGUGGAGGAGAGUUCUGUGUGGCUGCUGUCUUUGCUGCCUCACGCUCAUGGUACAUGACCAACCCCAACAUGAAGAGAGAGAAAGACCAGUCCAGCCGGUCAGUGGUGGAGUCCCUCUACAUCCUCAGUUGCUAUGGCACCCUGGUGGAGCACGUCCUGGAGCCUCGGCCAAUCAGCACGGCCCAGAAGAUCAGCGAUGACACACCCCUGGAGCUCAACACAUGUCCACGGGCCUGCUGGAGCCUGGCCAGGACUCCACUGUGGAAUGAGCUGCAGCCUCCCUUUCUCUCCAACCACCCUCUGGUGCUGGCCUCUGAUCUGGUGCAAUAUUACCAAUACCUCCUGGCUGGAUUGGUGCCCCCUGGAAGCCCUGGCCCUAUCACGCGCCACGAGUCUUACGACAGCCUGACGUCGGACCACAGCGGACAGGAGGACGAGGAGUGGCUCUCACAGGUGGAGAUAGUGACCCACACAGGGCCUCACCGUCGGCUGUGGAUGGGUCCUCAGUUCCAGUUUAAGACCAUCCACCCAUCUGGUCAGACUACGGUCAUCUCCUCGUCCUCCUCCGUGCUGCAGUCCCAGGGCCCCAGCGACAUUCAACAGCCUCUGUUAGACUUCCACACUGAUGACCUGGACCUUCACAGUCUCAGGAUCCAGCCCGUGCGUUCUGAGCCGGUCAGCAUGCCUGGUUCCUCUCGGCUGGUGGCUGAACGGAGGGGACAGGGGACGGUCAUUGAUAUAGGAUCGGGGACGUUUGACCGCAGUGUGACCCUGCUGGAGGUGUGUGGAAGCUGGCCAGAGAGCUUUGGCCUGCGUCACAUGAGCUCGGUGGAAUCCACCGAGGAGGGGCUGAGAGAGAGGCUGGCAGACGCCAUGUCAGAGUCACCAUCCAGAGACAUAGUGGGCUCGGCUACCGAGCUCCAGAGGGAGGGCAGCAUUGAGACUCUUAGCAACAGCUCUGGCUCCACCAGCGGCUCCAUCCCCCGUAACUUUGAGGGUUACCGCUCUCCACUUCCCACCAACGAGAGCCAGCCCCUCAGCCUCUUCCCCUCCGGAUUCCCCUAGAGGAGACCAGGAGACAGCCUGCCUACCACCCUACAAGACCUGGGGUCAAAUACUAUUUGAUAUCUUUCAAAUGCUUUGAGAGUUUGCUUUAGUCUGCCUGGAAUCCCUGAUGGGAGGGGGCUACAUUUUGGCGACUGUUCUAUUGGUUCCAUUACGCCAGACAAGCUCAAUAAACCCCAGAAAAAGUAUUUGAAAUUAUUUCAAAAAGUAUUUGAACCCAAGUCUGCUAACUACCGUCCAUCCUACCGCUUCACACAGCACAGCCGGACAGUCUUGAUGGUCUCUCGCCAUGCUGAUAUUCAUUAGGAUGUUAUUGUGAGCAGUGGUCCCCUCUCUCUCUCUCUCUCUCCAAAUCCAUGAACUGUCCAGUGUUUCUCCCACCUGCCGAUGUGUUUAUGUUUCUGAGUGUGUGUGGAGGGGGGUUAAUGUGUCACAUGGCGUGUGUUUCAUUUUGGGGGGGGUGUGUGCUGCUCCGAGUGUGUGUUUUGUUUGCCUGUGUGUAUGAGUAGUGAGAGAGAAGGCUGAGGCCGGGUGUAUUAAGUGAGCAGUGUGUGACUCAGUCCCUCCUGUGUGUGUGUAGAAAAAGUUCUCUGAUGAUCAUGGGUGUCCCAAAUGGCACCCUAUUUCCUAUAUAGUGCACUACUUUUUUUGCAACAAAAAAGAGGUCUGUGCUUUAAUAAAAUAAAAGGCUUAUUCCUUUCUUGUAUACACACACCUCAAACACAAGCGCACGCUUGUACGCUGAAUAAUUACUUUGCCGGCUUGCUUUUCUUAGUAAAUGAGUCAUUGCUAGACUUGACCAGACCACAUAGGACUUGAUAUGAAGUCUGAUCAGAUGCACGAGUGAGAACAGAAAGAAAGACUUUUGAACAGGUUCUGAAUAAUUGGUCACUAAUUUUGUAUUCGGUGUUAAAAACUCAAUACAAUCCUAGUCCUUUGUCUGGGGAAUGGAUGACUGGCUGACUACAGGGGUCUGUUCUGAAAAAUGCAACGUUACAGGACUUUCAGGUAGAACAUUUUAUAGAUCAGAUAUGUCCUGUAGGAAAAUGAGUUAUUGCAGAUCUAUAUAUUAUAUUUAUAUCGGCAACGCUCUGAAAGUUUCACCCUAUUGAACACAGCCAUGUUCCCGUAAUUCUGCAUGUUGAAUGAGUCGAUGGCUACUGCUGCUUGGUCACUGGCUAAUGUAACAUAAAAGGGUCAUGAUUAAUUUAUUAUUUUUAAUGCAGAACACAUGCUUAUUAAUACAUGUUCACCUUAAUAUUGAUUUUGUACAAUACUGAGUCGUUAUUUGCUAUACAUUUGUGUUAAUGUAAUACUGAAGACUUGGAAAAUAGUUUGCUGUGUUAUGUUAUCACCCCUGGAUAUUCAAUGAUUUCAUAUAUACUAAGUAAAUAUAACAUCUGCAUAGUCAUUGUUUUAAUCACAUGUACAAAAGUUAGCAGCUUGUGCUUCUGUAAAUGUAAAGAGACUACUCGUUUAAUUUAAAGAAAAUAAAUUAACCACACCAAAGCCAGUACACAUUUUCUGCCAGUUUAUUGUGGAAAAGCAGACUGUGAAUACAACACUCUAAAACUUAUCUGACACUCAGAACAAGAAUCAAAUUAACUACAAAAUGUUCAAGAAUCUAAAAUCAGUACAAGACUAAUUGAUGUAGGGCCCCAAUGUUUAAAUGCAAUUCACUUACCUUAGACAGGAGCAAAACCAGGCCAGAGACUGAAAUGGCCAUGUGAAUGUGUUUGAGCAGGCAUACUCAUGCCAAUAAGCACUGGCUCUGCUCUUGCCUUCAGGUUGUUUGCCCCAUAGAAAAAUCAUUUAUAGAAUGGGCUUGGAACUUCUAACCCUGGCAUUUUUGAUUGGUAAACACAUGGGUACACUUACAGUGGCUGCCUGGUAAUGUGAUGCAAUAAUUUCCAUGUUCAUUCAAACUAAUGUAUUUUUUUGUAAUGUCAGUUUAAUCAACAAAUUACAGCACAUAUGACUUGUCCACCCAUAGAGUAUCACAGUAUGAGUCAUAUACCCAUAAAACCUAGCGGUCAAACAGGGAAAUUAUUCAAAUAAUUUUUCCACCAUUCAUCAUCAUUCAUAGGGGAUUUUAUAAACACUUAAAAUAAGGGCUGUGUUUCAUGUAGGGUUACUCUGGUGUGACGUUUUGAUAAUCGUGUAAAUCUGUCUAGGACAGGGUUACUUUUAUAAAUAAUUUGCCUGUAUUUACCCCCCAAAAAAUGAAAUGCUAAUUAGCUGCUAAUGUGGCUAUCAUAAAACAUUACAAAUGCCAUGAUGAUCUGGAGGAGGCUGCCGAAUCGAGGCAAAGGUAAGAAUCUCUGGAUUAACUAUCUGUUAACUAAAUGUAGUAAUGAAUAAAUUGUCUACAUUUCUUUAAAUGGACAAUUCUGUGAACUGUCUUUUGCUAUUUUUUUAUAUAUUUUUUAAUCUCCCCAAUUGAUAGUUAGUCUUGUCUCAUCGCUGCAACUCCCCUACGGACUCGGGAGAGGUGAAGGUCGAGAGCCAUGCGUCCUCCGCAACACGACCCUGCCAAGUCGCACUGCUUCUUGACACACUGCUCGCUUAACUCGAAAUCCAGCCGCACCAAUGUGUCGGAGGAAACGCCGUCCAACUGACAACCGAAAUCAGCUUGCAGGCGCCCGGCCCGCCACAAGGAGACACUGAUGAUGAGACAAGGAAAUCCCGGCCGGCCAAAUCGUUCCCUAACUUGGGCCAAUUGUGCGCCGCCUCAUGGUUCUCCCGGUCACAGCCGGCUGGGAUCGAACCGAAGGCUGUAGUGACGCCUCAGCACUGCGAUGCAGUGCCUUAGACCGCUGCGCCACUCGGGAGGCCCUUUUGCCAGUUUUAAAUUGACACAAUACCUGAUAGCAAAGGUGUCAGCUAGAGAUGAUGUGCAGGAGCUUGCAGAGAUUUGUAGUUUUGCGUGAUGUCUACUUUGAAGCUAAUUAGCAUUUUUGAAUCUGAGAGUAAAUAGAGACAAAUAUAUUGAUACGUCACCUUGUCUGAGAGAGAUUUACAUGGUUAUCAUAACAUCACACCACGGUAAGCUUACAAGAAACACAGCCCUCAUUUUAAGUAUUUCUAAACUCCCCUAUGGGAAAAAUUAAUGGUGGAAAAAACGAUUGGAACCAUUUCCCUGUCUGACCGCUGGGUUUUAUGGGUAUUAUGACACCUCCACUGUGGGCAUAAUUGACUUGAAUGGGAACGCCUGUUCUAUUCAUUGUAUUUCUAUGGUUUGCCCACUGACGCUCCCCUGGUGCCCCACACUGUGACAUGAUGCCCUGCAUGCCAAUGUCUCUCUGAGUCUGAGGGAACCAUGCCCAGGCCAGUGCCCCAGCUGGCACCUCUACCAGGGGCAGGGGCCUGUUAAGGAGGGCACACCUUAGCUGUUUCACUCUGUUUCAAAACGUUGUCUACCUCCUGAACAUGCCCCUGGUCUUUACCAUCCUCUCCUGUGACAGUCUCCAUUUAUACCCAUCCUCCUCUGCCAGUAAACCCUGUGAAUAGAUAGAGCAGCGAGAGGAGAGACGAGGUUGGCACCAGGAGAGAAGCCGCAUUAAUAUAUAGCUAGCUACAACCACUUGUGGACAGGUUUGCUAAGCUUUUGCUAACAUUGUUUUGCUCAAAAUCACACAGAAAAAAAUCCACUGCCCAAAGAACGCAAAAUACAGAGCAAAAGUCAUCUCUAUCCAACCUCAUAUACUGUAUUUCUUUAACUUUGUGGGAUUUAUUUCUGUACAUAUCUGUGUCUUGAAAUGUGAUGGAAUUUGUUAUUCACUUAAAUUAUUGAAUAUAUCAGACUGUAAUAGCAUUAUAAUGUGUGUACAAUACAAAACAUUUAACAAUAUCAGAUCUGAAAUAGUAUUUUGAUUGCUGUCAUUUAAUUUUUGUCAUCCUCUAAACUAAAUAGACUAGGAAGACUUACAUUGUUAGCAAAUAUUUAUGUUAGGCAAGUAAAAUUCCCUCUUUUUUAAUCACUUAUAAUUAUUUUCCUUUCCUUGGUGCACUCCUUUGAUCCACAAAGGAGACAACUAGAUAUCAAAUAGGUCUACUUCGAAUUAAUGUAUAGUGGCAGCCAUUUGAAACCAAUCAAAGGCAAUACCAUGUAUUAUAUCCUAUUGUUCAUAUGAAUAUGACAGAAAAAAUAUCUUGGGAAAUGCUGUGGUCAUUGCAGGUAUGUUGAUGACAUUUUGUGACCUUUUAGUGAAUAAAACAAAUGUCACUAACCAA